AUGGCUUCAAACAACCUGCCCAGGGUCUUUGGGAACGGCGACGAUGAGAAGGAGGUCGUGGGUCUUCAUGAAAAUGUCCCGUCUCCGGAUCUACCGCCUCCCGAUCCAGAUGCAAAUCUGAGCGACGAAGAAAAGGCUGAAAUUGAUCGUAACCUGCUCUGUGUUCUCUACCUUCUCGCCUUCCUUGACCGUUCAAAUAUUGGAAACGCAAAGAUUGAUGGCUUGCAAAAAGACUUGAAUAACAUGUCGACUGGGGAUUACAAUGCCGCACUAUCCAUAUUCUUUGUCGCGUAUGCAUUAUUUGAACCUGUUACGAACGUGAUGCUCAAAAGGUUUCGCCCGUCGAUAUUCGUGCCAAUCAUCAUAAUUGCCUGGGGCUUGUGUAUGACAUUCAUGGGAUUUGUCACCAACUGGUCCGGAUUAAUGGCUGCACGAUUUUUUCUUGGUCUCGCCGAGGCAGGUUUAUUUCCCGGUAUUAGUUACUACCUAUCUUGUUGGUACAAGAGAUCCGAGUUUGGUGUUCGAAUUGCAAUUUUCUUUUCCGCAGCUGCUGUAUCUGGCAGUUUUGGUGGAUUGCUUGCUGCGGCCAUCGUUAAAAUGGAUGGUCUUGGUGGGCUUCACGGAUGGGCUUGGAUUUUCAUCCUGGAAGGAAUCGUCACUGUCCUGGCUGGAAUCGCGUCAUUUUGGUUGGUCUAUGAUUUUCCAGAGAAAGCUGGAUUCCUUUGUGAAGUCGAUCGAAACAGGGUCAUCCGCCGUCUACAAGCCAACAAUCAAGCAGCAGGCCAUGAAGAGUUCAACAAGAAGAUUAUCUGGCAGGCCUGCAAAGAUUACAAGACCUGGAUAGCAAUGACACUGUAUAGCGGUUGUUCUGUUCCUUUAUACGCUUUCUCUCUAUUCCUUCCUACAAUCAUCUCUCAGCUUGGCUACACAGCAACCAGAGCUCAACUCCUCUCCGUACCACCUUAUGUAGCAGCUGCUAUCUUGACAGUCGUGAUUGGAUUCAUCGCCGAUCGUACCUGUCAAAGAGGCUUGUGUAACAUCAUCGUGCCUUCCAUUGCCAUCGCUGGUUUCGCGAUGCUAUUAGGGAGCGAGCAACCAGGCGUCAAAUACGCGGGAACUUUCCUCGGCGCUCUCGGUAUUUAUCCUUGCGUAGCCAACACUAUCUCUUGGAUUUCCAACAACAUUGAAGGCUCUUACAAGCGAGGCGUUGUGCUAGGAAUGAUGAUUGGAUGGGGUAACAUUUUUGGAAUCAUCAGCUCGAAUAUCUAUUUCCAAAAGCCCAGAUAUAUUACCGGCCACGUCAUUGUUCUUUCUUUCUUAGCUGCUUUCUUGCUAGGCGGGAGUGUUCUACUACGUUUACUGUUAAAAAGAGAAAAUAGCAAGAGAAUUAGGGGAGAAAGAGAUGAUUGGGUUGAGGGUCUCAAUGAGGCUGAGAAGCAGGCUCUGGGGGAUAAGAGACCAGACUUCUUAUAUACUUUGUGA